UCUCUCUCUCUAGAACUCUCAGGACUACCACCAUUAACAUCACCACAGUCACAUAGCUCUCUCUAUCUCUGUUUAUGUACUACUACUACUGCAGCUCCAUUUAACCCAGUCCUACACAUAAACUUGAAUUUAAACCAGACAGACUAGUCUAGUAUAGUCCUGUAAAAAAAUAGAUCAGUGCUCUCUCUCUCUCUCUCUCAGUGAGUGACUGAGUCUAGUCUUGAAAGAGAGAAGAGACCCACCAGAACCAAUUUAUACUAAAUUAAGGGUUUGGUCUGUUUUCUUACCUAAGCUCCUCUCUCUCUCACCAGUACCAGUACUACUAUAGCGCUUAGUCUUACUAUACUUGUUUCUCUCAUAAAACCCUACACACAGUUCUACUCACUCGUACUAGGACUGAUCGGUGGUGGUGAUACAACUUCUUCUUUCUUUCCUUUUCCAUGCGAUCAUGGAAGGCGGCGAUGAUCAUUUCCACCACCACCACCACCACUACCAACAACAACAGCAGCAGCAGCAGCAUCACCACCGCCCCAACUUCCCAUUCCAACUCCUCGAUCAGAAGAAAGAAGACGAAGCCGCCUCCUGCUCCAACAACUCCGCCGCAGCCAGCGCUUAUCCUUCUCUAGCUAUCUCCUCCGCGGUAGAUCCGAUCAACCCAAUAAACACCAACGCCACCGCAUCGACAGCAGUCACCACCGCCGUCGCAGCCGAGCCCUCCAAGAAGCCGCCGCCCAAGCGGACCUCCACUAAAGACCGCCACACCAAAGUCGACGGCCGCGGGCGCCGCAUUCGAAUGCCGGCGCUCUGCGCGGCCAGGGUGUUCCAGCUCACUCGCGAGCUGGGACACAAGUCCGACGGCGAAACGAUCGAGUGGCUCCUCCAGCAGGCCGAACCGGCCGUGAUCGCCGCCACCGGAACCGGCACGAUCCCAGCUAACUUCACUUCUCUAAACAUCUCGCUACGAAGCUCAGGUUCAAGCAUGUCGGUGCCGUCGCAGCUCAGAUCUUCUUAUUACAGCCCCAAUUUUUCGUCGUCCAUACACCAGAGUAGUCAGAACCAGCGGCGGAAUCUGUUUCAGGGUUUGGGGCUUUCCUCCUCGGACAGCUCGUCGACGCUGCUCAAUUUCCAGACCAACACCAUGCACUCUAUGCUUCAGGCCAAGCAGGAACUACGUGAUACGGUGUCGUUGGACUUAUCCGAGGCGGCGUCAGCGGCGGAGGGAAGCAUGGGAAGGAAGAGAAGGCCAGCCGAACAGGACUUGAAUCAAAUGGGAAGUGGGUAUUUACUGCAGUCCAGCUCCGGAGCAAUCCCGGCGAGCCACCACAGCCAGAUUCCGGCGAAUUUUUGGAUGCUGGCUAAUUCCAAUAAUCCAGCAGUGAUGAGCGGAGACCCAAUUUGGACAUUUCCUUCGGUCAAUAACAGUGGGUUGUACAGAGGCACCAUGUCAGGCGGCUUGCAUUUCAUGAACUUCCCGACCCCGGUAGCGCUGAUGCCAAGUCAGCAGCAGAUGGGCGGCUCCGGCGGCGGUGGAGGCGGAGAUAACGGCGGAAAUGACGGUAGUGGUGGUGGAGAUCAUCACAACAUGAGCGACGGGCAGCUGAACAUGCUGGCCGGGCUCAACCCGUACCGGCACAUGUCCUCGGAGUCACCGCAGCAGCAGGCCAGUGGGUCCCACUCGCAUCACGGCGGCGGCGGCGACGACCGGCACGAUAGUACUAGUCACCACUCUUAGAAGAAAGGAUGGUUUUUUGUUUUUUUUUUUUUUUUUUUUUGGGAUUUUUGGACAUCAAAUCAUCAUGAAUUAUGAACGAACGAAUGAAUGAAAAUUCAUCGUCGUCGCCGUCGGUCGUCGGUCGAUCGUCGUCGCCGGUCCCCACAUGUGUAGUAGUUUGCCUGUGUAACGACACACGUGAGGUUUGAUUGAUUGCAUCUCUCUGAGGUUUUUUAUUUUUA